UUUACAGCCAAAUGUUCUCCACAGUGUCAAAACUCUGGGCAAUGUGUCAAUCCUAACGAAUGUGAAUGUACUGCUGGGUAUGCAGGAGACAUAUGUGCUGGAAUUGCCGCUUGUUCACACUUGUCCCCUUGUUACCCUGGACGUUGUUAUGGAAGCAACCAAUGUUUGUGCUCAGAAGGGUUCGAAGGAAGUACUUGCAAAACUUGUGGCGAGUACGAAGUUAACAAGGAAAGGUUUACUUGCUCACAGCCUUCUGAUCACAACCCAAUAGCUAAUAAAGUUCUGGAAUGUAGGAUGAACAAUGGUACCAAUGUAUUUCAGGUCGAUUCGGGCGACAGCUGGAAGAGGAUAUACCAAAGGUAUGUUAACAGUGUCUAUAAAGUUCCAUUUCAGAUGGAAGAGGAUAUAACAAAGCUGGAAGAAGAUAUAACAAAGCUGGAAGAGGAUAUAACAAAGCUGGAAGAGUAUAUAACAAAGGGAUCAAUUAGGCCGAAAUGGUCUGGAUGGUCCGAUAGAGAUUUGUCUGGAGUGAAACAGUACGCAUUUGAAGUAUGGAAGAUGGAAUAUAGUUUUGAUUAUUCAGUUUUAAGAGAACCAGAUAUUCUGCCAAAUUAUAAUCCAGUACCAGAGUUUAUAACCGAGGUACUAGCAAGCAACAAUACAUUCCCAGAAUAUGAACCCAAGGGACCAGGGGUCUAUUCAACAAUACUUGAAGUUGCUGACAGAGCAAAUAAUUCUAGAUAUGUCCGAAGAAUAGCAAUAUUCGACAAAACAUCAGAAAUAUCCACCAAAUCAAAUCAUCGGUUGUUCGUUUCAUCGGCGUCAAAUCAGUCUAACUACAGCUGGCAGACGACCCCGAACAAUCUUCAGACGACAACUUUGAUUGUACAAUGGGAAAACCAUUUUAUCAAUGAAGUACAUGAAAAUGGUCAUUUCUUAGCAAGAGUCCAAGACUAUACUCCAAGACUUAGUGAUAACGUCAAAAGAGUUAACUAUAAAGAAAUAGAAUCUCAAUUUGAUGACAAUGAAGGUAGUAGAACUAAAGACGAAAUACCAAAUAUCAAUUCUAUUGUUCAAUUUGAAAUAAGUCACGGUACACCCAGUACGGUUGCACCAAUAAAUGGUUGGGAAGACAUCGUUCCACUGAAAGAAAACCAAAGUAUUGUUCUGAGUGGCGUGAAUAUUCGAGAUGGGGAUUCCCACCAAGUUUGGAUUCGUGCAUAUGAUGUAAUGGGGAAUGAAAAGGUCGAUUCAACAGUUGUACAUUUUGAUCACAGUCAACCUAUUUUGUACGACCCUAUGAUUAAAAAAAAUGUCGACGAUGAACAAUUUCCAUUUUCAAGCAGAGUAACUGUCGCUACCAAAGAUGAACACAGUGGAAUCAGUAAAGUGUCCAUCAAGUUUGUGGUUAAUAGAACAGGGGAGGUAAAGAACCAAAAAGACUUCCAGAUCGUGUCACAGCCACAGCAGCUCUGUGAUCAACUCCUUAAAGAAUGUUACUGUAUUCCAACGGGUGAAUGUUUUUUGAUUGAUAUAGUCCAGGAUAUUAAUAACUGUUGGCUUAGAUUUCCAAUUGAUGAAAUUGAAGAUGAAGUUUAUACACUUCAGAUUGCUGUGUACAACCUAGCUAUGUUAUCUAGUAUGACUACAUACAAUCUUGGAAACGCUACUAGCUUUAGUGGUAUAAAAGUUUAUUAUGGAGUUUCAAAUUUACAAAUUGAAGUCUUAUCAGAUACCAGUUUUGAAGUGACAUGGGAACAGUCAAAGUCUUGCUAUGAGAGACUUGGAAUGAAACUAAUGGUAACGAAUGAGGAUGGUCUUUCCAAAGAACAUGACGUGUACAAGAAUGCAACAUCAUACACCGUUCGAAAUUUAAAAGCACCUUCUACUUACAUAAUAAAUAUGUUUACAAAGUAUGGUACAGACGAGUAUUUUGUAAUGAGUGAACCAGUAAACGCAACUAUAAAUCUGGUACUUUCAGACAGGUGA